CGAGAGCCCCAUGGCCGCUCCGCGCGCCGCGCCGCGCCGGCCCCGGCUCCUGCUGCCGCUGCUGCUGCUGCUGCCGCCGCUGCUGCCCGCGCCGAGCGACGGUCUUGGCCACUCUGCCGAACUGGCAUUUGCUAUGGAGCCAAGUGAUGAUGUUGCAGUCCCUGGGCAGCCUAUAAUGCUGGGCUGCAGGGUGGAGGGGACCCCUCCAGUGAGAAUCACCUGGAGGAAAAAUGGGAUGGAGCUGCUGGAGAGUACUCACUCCACCUUGCUGGCCAAUGGGUCCCUGAUGAUCCAUCACUUCCAGCUGGAUCGGGGAGGCAGCCCCUCAGAUGAGGGUGACUAUGAGUGUGUGGCUCAGAACCGCUUUGGACUGGUGGUCAGCCGGAAGGCUCGCAUCCAGGCUGCAACCAUGUCGGACUUCCACGUGCACCCCCAGGCCACCGUGGGCGAGGAGGGCGGUGUGGCCCGCUUCCAGUGCCAAAUCCAUGGGCUUCCCAAACCCCUGAUCACGUGGGAGAAGAACAGAGUCCCCAUCAACACGGACGAUGAGAGGUACACACUGCUGCCCAAGGGGGUCCUGCAGAUCACAGGACUUCGGGCCGAGGACAGUGGCGUCUUCCACUGCGUGGCCUCCAACAUUGCCAGCGUCCGGGUCAGCCACGGGGCCAGGCUCACCGUGUCAGGCUCGGGCUCUGGGGCCUACAAGGAGCCAACGAUCCUUGUGGGGCCUGAGAACCUCACCCUGACGGUGCACCAGACUGCGGUGCUUGAGUGUGUCGCCACGGGCAACCCGCGCCCCAUUGUGUCCUGGAGCCGCCUGGAUGGCCGCCCUAUUGGGGUGGAGGGCAUCCAGGUGCUGGGCACCGGGAAUCUUAUCAUCUCAGACGUGACGGUCCAGCACUCCGGCGUCUAUGUCUGCGCAGCCAACAGGCCAGGCACCCGGGUGAGGAGAACGGCACAGGGCCGGCUGGUGGUGCAAGCCCCAGCCGAGUUUGUCCAGCACCCCCAGUCCAUCUCCAGGCCUGCCGGGACCACGGCCAUGUUCACCUGCCAAGCCCAGGGGGAGCCGCCCCCUCAUGUCACAUGGUUGAAGAACGGACAGGUGCUGGGCCCAGGAGGCCAUGUCAGGCUCAAGAAUAACAACAGCACCCUGACGAUUUCUGGAAUCGGCCCUGAAGAUGAGGCCAUCUACCAGUGCGUGGCCGAGAACAGUGCUGGCUCCUCGCAGGCCAGUGCCAGGCUGACCGUACUAUGGGCUGAGGGGCUGCCUGGGCCCCCCCUCAACGUGCAGGCGGUCUCUGUGUCAUCCACCGAGGUCCGCGUGUCCUGGAAUGAACCCUUGGUCAACACCAAGGAGAUUAUUGGCUAUGUCCUGCACAUCAGGAAGGCUGCUGACCCCCCGGAGCUGGAGUACCAGGAGGCACUCAGCAAAAGUACCUUUCAGCACCUGCUGAGCGACCUCGAACCCUCCACCGCCUACAGCUUCUACAUCAAGGCCUACACAACGAGGGGGGCCAGCUCAGCCUCUGCCCCUGUGCUGGCCAGCACCCUGGGUGAAGGUGAGGCCCAGGCCUGGAGCGCACUACCACAUAGUCCAGGAGUUAGAGCAAAACACCCGCAUGUUUGUUCAGGGUGGGCCUACACCACCCGGCGCCUGUCCCCACCAAGCCCACUUGGAGAAAGGCACAUCCUUUUCCAAUUCUUCAUGCAAGCAGCGGCCAGAGAGCUGCCAGGCUUGUGGGGCGGGCGGGGUGCAGGGUCACAGGUGGCAGGUGGCAAGCCCCCCCCAUCUUGGCCUCCUGUGCCCGCAGCCCCCGCCCCACCCCCGUUGUCGGUGCGGGUCCUGGGCAGCUCCUCCCUGCAGCUGCUGUGGGAGCCCUGGCCCCGGCUGGCCCAGCACGAGGGCGGCUUCAAGCUGUUGUACCGCCCAGCGAGCAGGGCCUCCUUCACCGGCCCCAUCCUGCUGCCUGCAACUGUCUCCUCCUACAACCUCAGCCAGCUCGACCCCACUGCAGUAUAUGAGGUGAAGCUGCUCGCCUACAACCAGCACGGGGAGGGCAAUGCCACAGUCCGCUUCGUGUCUUUGAGGGGAGCAUCUGAGAGGACAGCCCUGAGCCCACCCUGUGACUGCCGGAAGGAGGAAGCCACCAACCAAACGUCCACCACAGGCAUCGUCAUUGGCAUUCACAUUGGGGUCACCUGCAUCAUCUUCUGUGUCCUCUUCCUCCUGUUCGGCCAAAGGGGCAGGGUCCUCUUGUGUAAGGAUGUAGAGAACCAGCUCUCCCCUCCUCAGGGCGCCCGGAGCCCAAGGGAUCCUGGCAUCCUGGCACUGAACGGGGCGGGCCGGGGAGAGCGGGCCCCUCUGGGCCGAGAUAAGAAGCUUGUGGAUGCGAAAGAACUGGAACAGCUGUUCCCUCCAGCUGGGGCAGCAGGGGGGCCAGACCCCAGACCUGACCCCAGAGCCAUGCAGGAUCCUGGGGCCCCUGCGCUGUGUGAGGAGACCCAGUUCUCCAGGCUGCCGCUUGAGGGAUUCAGCCUUCUGGAGGAGAUGAUGUCAGAAGCCAAGGCCCCCUGCCCAGGCCUGGCGGCUGCCCUGCCACCCCAGAACACAGGCCCCGGCCUCCUCAGUGAAGGACAGGCUCCCCGGCUUUCCACGGCACCAGCUGCCCAGCCGGCUUGCUUGAGACAGUAGCCAGUGUCUGGCAGGUGCUGGAGGAGGUGACCCCCCACCCCGUUCUCAGGUCAAAGGCAAGAUUUAUCCUGUCAUGUGGGACUCGGAUGGGGACUUCCCAGCAUUUCUGUCCCAACUGCCCCUCAGGUGGUCAAGAUCUAAAGUAGCCUCAGCAGGGACCCCCCAGGACCUGGAGGGGUUCCUGGAGGAGCCCGUCCCCCCUCACUUCUGCUUGGUGUCCACAUGACUUGAAACUGAACUAAUGUUUUCCUUUAAAAAAAAAAAAAAAGAAGAAGAAGAGAGGACAGUGAAUUAGACUCCAAAAAUACGCCCCUGCUGUGGCUGGGCCCCUGACACUGUCACCCUCCACCACCUUGUUUUCUCAGGAUGGAUUUUUGCUGUUUGGCUCUCAGUACCUACCUCAGCCGGAAUGAAUGUUCUUGGGGGAGCUGGGCCGUGGCCUCAGCCCCCCCCACCCCACAGAGCCCCAAAUGCACUCCUACCUCAAGCCCCUAUAGGGGCACCCCCUCUCCCUCCCCAUAUUGUCGUCUAGAGUUUAAAAAAAAAAAAAAGAAAAAGAAAAAAAAAAGGCACUUCCCCAUUUCCAGGUGUGAAAGAAAACCUCUACCUCAAGGCUCGCCGUCUGUCCGGGCCUGUGUUGUAUCACUGGACCCUCCUCCUGCCCGCAGCCCUUCUAUCGCCCCCCAGAGAGGAGGCCAGAGGCUAAGUCACCAACGGUGGGCCUCUCAGGACCUGCAGAAAUAAAGAUGGGAUGAGUCAAAGAAAAUGUGAAAAGAAGCCAAAAAUUAGAGGAAAAGGUGUUCCUUGAAGUAUAAAUCACCCCAAACCAGCCACCUUCCAGCACGCUGCCGCUGCCCCACCUGGUCUCAUCUGUCCACUCCCAAUUCUGACCCCUUGGCCAACUGCUCCUUGACUGGGAUCCAUCCCGAUGACCUUCUCCCUGCCCAGGCCUCAGGGGUGGGGCGUCACCCCACAGCCUGCCUCCUGUCCUGCCCGGACACAGAGCCCUGCAGCAGGCUGGGCCCCGGUGGGUACCGUGUGUGUGACCGGUGUGCGCGUGUUGGAUCGGGGGGUUCCCUGGCAGAGGUGGCCCAGCCCUCUGUCCCAUGGGACGCAGCCUGCUUGACCCAACCCCUGGACAGUGAAAUGACCACUGUCUGCAGAUGUGGCUGGAAGAUAUUUUUAUACAAGGUGUGUUUAAAGAUUUAUGUUCUUGUGACUUCUUGUUUUUCUUUUUCUGUCGUGGUGUUUUUUGAAAUACUUAAAGUAGAAAGAAGAAGAAAAAAAAAACAACCAAGGAAACAAAUACCUAUUUUUGGUUAACUCAUUUUUUUAAAUAGAAGGAAAACUUUUUUUUAAAGGAAAAAAAAAAGAUAAGUGUAUCCCUUAAGUAUGAGAUUAGACCAUAAAGUCCCUGACCCCCAACCCUCUAGGGAACCCCCCCUUAAAUUUAGUUAAUUAGAUAAAGAAGGUAGGAUUUGUGGUGUUUUCCUAGAAGACUGGAGUUGUCCAUGUGGACUUGGGAAAUGGCAGUCCACCCCUCCUCCCAAAUGCUGGGCCUAUGCCAAAGGCCCUCAGAACUCCCACUCGGUGCCCCCUGUGUCCCCGCAUUGGCCUCUCUGUGCCCCACCCCUGCAAUCCUGCAGACCCCUCUCCCAUGGGAAGAGUGGUCUGGGGUAGGAGCAGGAUGAGGAGCCACCUGGCCUGACUUGACCUGACUUUUGUCACAUUCUACUCAUUUUGACUGAAUAAAAGUCCUGUUGCCAAAG